UUGUUUGCCAGCCACGUCACUCGCGGCGGAGGCGGCGUGCUCGCGGUCGGGUCCGCCGCGGUUUCCGCCCGCGGGGAGGGGGCGGGAAGAUGGCGGAUGUAGUCGUUGGUAAAGAGAAGUGCGGGGAGCAGCGGCUGGUCUCGCUGCCCCUGUCCCGCAUCCGGGUCAUCAUGAAGAGCUCCCCCGAAGUGUCCAGCAUUAACCAGGAGGCGCUGGUGCUCACGGCCAAGGCUACGGAACUCUUUGUUCAAUAUCUUGCCACAUAUUCCUACAAACAUGGCAGUGGAAAAGAAAAGAAAGCACUGACUUACAGUGAUUUAUCAAAUACUGCAGAGGAAUCGGAAACUUUUCAGUUUCUUGAAGGUGCCAAAGUUUACCAUGACCUGGCACAAGAAGACGUUUUCAGUCUUCUCUUUGAACAUGUUUGUUAUGUGGUUCUCCUAGAAUGAUAAUGAAGUCAACAACCUGCACGACAGUGUGUGGCUGGCUGGGUGGGUGAGCCUGGCAGACCCCACUCUCCCAGGAUCCAGCCUGCUAUGGAAGGGAAAACUCAGUGCUAGUCGUCUGGGCCCAGAAACAGAGAAUCUAAUAUUCGCUGCUGGGGAACAGGACCAUACCAAAAAGAGCGAGUCUCCCUUUGGGUAGGCCCAGCUGUCCCAGGUGGGCUGGGCAGGGUCUCUCUCUGUCAUUACCUGCACAGGGAAGCCCCAGGGUUUGUGCUGGAAACAGGCGGCUGGCACCAGGCAGGAGGCAGUGCUAGUUUCUCUGAUAUUUCCCCCAGAAACAUAGCCUGAAUUCUGUCUUGUUUGGGGACCUAUUCUAGAACUAGGACAUUUUGAAAUUUCAUCGAUGUAUUCAUCUCCAAAUGAAUACCAUAAAUGAUUGCUGAUGUAAGCUUUAUGUUUUUAAGAUAUAUUACCAAAGAAGAUUUUAGCUAGUAAAUACCUGAAAAUGCUUAAAGAAAAGAGGGAAGAAGACGAGGAGGAGGAUGAGGAGGAGGAGGCCAACAAUGAUGACGAAAGUGACGAUGAAGCGGAAUCCUAAACCAAAGAAG